GGCGUGACCAAUAGCGAAGGGAGAUGCGGAGUUCUCGAGAGAGUUCGCCUGAAGCUGGCACCGCCAUGUUGGAGUAGGGAGAGGCCACAGUCAGCUCAAGUCGUUCUUCAGUUUUUUAAAAAAAUACUAUUAAAAAGGAAGACGAAGGCCUGCGUGAGGCAGCUUUUUUUAAUUUAUAAUUCAGAGCUCCCGCAAAAUUUUAUUUGCAGAGGUGAUAAAAAAGAGGCAACGGCGGUGGCAACGAAAGGAUGGUGCAGUCCUGUUCUGCCUACCGUUGCCGGAAUCGUUACGACAAAGAGAAACCUAUUUCUUUCCACAAGUUUCCUCUCACAAGACCUGACCUCUGCAAGAAAUGGGAAGCUGCUGUUAGAAGAAAAAACUUCAAACCAACAAAAUAUAGCAGCAUUUGUUCUGAACAUUUUACUCCAGAUUGCUUCAAAAGGGAAUGCAACAACAAGCUACUAAAAGACAAUGCAGUGCCAACAAUAUUUUGCCACACAGAACCAAAUGUGAAGUCUGAAGAAACUCAAGAACCACCUGAAAUGCCAACUCCUCCUUCUCCUUCUCCUUCACCUCCACCAUCACCAAAAACUGAUCCAAGACUGUUAGAUUCAAGCAUUGGAUUGUUAAUGCCACCACUCCAACCCCCCAAUAAUAUUGCUGUGUUCUGUGAUCACAACUAUACUGUGGAGGAUACGGUACAUCAGAGGAAAAGAAUCCAGCAGCUGGAAGAGCAGGUGGAUAAACUGAGGAAGAAGCUUAAAACGGCACAGCAGCGAUGUAGGCGUCAGGAGAAACAGAUUGAAAAACUCAGAGAGCUUGUUCAGUUUCAGAAGGAAAAAGACGCGUUGCCAGGGAAAGGCUAUGUGAUUCUGCCUGAUGACUAUUUUGAAAUUGUAGAAGUACCUGCCUAAAGGGUUCACAUUUCUUUUUACCAGGCACUGCCAAAUUUAGCCUCAUCAGACUAACUCACAAGUUCAGUUUAAAAAUGCAAUGCUUUCUAGUUCUCUGUGUAAGAUAUUUCAGCCCAUCAGAAUAAUAAUAAAAGUUGCUAUAUAAUAUUUCUUUGA